AUCUAGAAACGGUGGCUCUACAUUUCGUCAUCGGAUGAAUCUAAAAUAUAUUAAGUACUAAAGCGUUUCCCAUUAUUGUUAAUAGUACAAGGCACACAUAGACAAGGUACAAUAGACAAAUCAAUUUUAAUUCCAUAGUGUACAAAACGAUUGGAUUGACAGGUGUAUUUAUGUUAACCUCACUUUCAAAUAGUGGCGAAUGUUUUAAAAUAUGGAUAUCGAAGAUUCAAUAUUCAAUAAUGACUCUAUUUUUAUGAGAAGUCUUCUUGGUAAAAAAGUACAAAUAAAUACCGUGAAUGAAAAGAGUUAUAUUGGUGUAGUGUACGUUAUAGAUCCUAUUUUCAAAACUGUUGUUCUUCAUACAGAUUGGAAAAGUGCAAAUGAACAUGAGACAGUUAUUAUUCUGCAUCACGCUAUAAAAUCUUUGGAGAAACUAUCUGAUGAAGUUGAAGAAAGCUAUUUACUAGAACCAAUUAUAUCAGUACCCCAAAGUGUUAACAAGAAGACUGUAGUGAAAAAAUGGUUGAAAAAGAUGAUGAUAGAUGUAAAAGAAAGUGGAGAUUAUUUGAAAAUAGAUGAUCAUUUAUUAAUUGUUCCACCAUAUGGACCUGAAAAUUGCAUUUGUAAUAAUACUAUUAUUUUAGAAAAAAUUCAAAAAAUAUUGCAAUCACUGCCGGAAAUAAAAGUUUAAGUGAUAGUGGUAUUUGUGAAUCAUCAUAAAUCUCAUGAACUGUAACCUUAUAUUACAAGAAAGCUAGAAAUGUAUGAAACUAACUAACUAUUCACAGAAAAUAAUAUUGAAUUUUAUAAUUGGUGAUAUACUUCCAUAAACAAACAAAAUAACUUUUAACUUUGAUCAAUUUGUGCACUACUCUGUAUCUCUAUGGCAGUAUUAUUAAUAAAAUUAAAGAGCUCCA